UAUUAGUUUUUUUAUUUUUAUUUUGGCAUAAAUGAUAUUGCGGCAUCUUUAGAAUCGAAGAGUAGGAGGAACAGGCAAAAGGAAAUACAAUUGGAAAUAAUAAAAUUGUUUGGGUUUCUUUUUCCUUGUAGUAAAGAAUGGUAAAAUUAGUAAAUUAUAGAUGAUUUUUUGGUGUUUUGCACAGUUCUCAUCACCACCUUUCAUCUUAUAAUUUAACUUCCAUUUUAUAGUUUACAAUAUUUAAAAAAUCUUCAAAUCCCUUUCAUUUACUUAUAUUUAUAUAUGUUUCGUUUAUCCAUAUUAAUUUUAGAAAUUACAAUUUACUAUAACCAAUUUUUUUUACUAUUUACUUUUUUACUAUAUCAUGAUAUGUUACACGUUAGACAGAUCUCACAUUGAAAAUAUACGAGAGAUAUCCAUUGUUCAUAAAAAUAAUACAACAUUUAUGAUAAGACGCAUUUUAGGAUAAAAUUGACGAGUUUUUGUUAGAACUAUGAAUUCAUGUGUACAAAUGUGGAGCAAUACUGCAAGGAUGCGUGGCCUCUUGCGAAGUCACUAUGAUAUGUACCCAAAAGAAAACAUGUGCGACGAUGCUAGAGAGGAGGACCAAAGCGGACAAUAUAUUAAUAAAAAAUAGGUUGAAAUAUUCAGUGGCGGAGCCAGACCAUUAGUGGGUAGGUCCCCGGACCCACCUUGGGUUUGGGCUAGGAAGGAGAAAAUAUAUAUGUUUUAUGGCGUACGUGGGCAGUGGGCUUUGGCCUUUCUUCCUUUGAGAAUUGUAGUGGGUUUCUUGAUUCUUCAAGCUAUUUAUUAUGCACAUAAUUUUAGUUAUUUUUCAUUUUCUUGUAUAUUUAUUAUGCACAUAGUGGGGUUCUGCUUCUGCCGCUUCCGCUUACGAACUCUCCUGACAAGGAAAUACCUAUUCCCUUAUCAUUGGUGAACAGUUCUUAAAAUAAAAAUUGAAAUCUCCUCUUGGACAAUCCAUUACAAGGCUAGGUUGCUAGAAUAAUCUAUUCUUAUUUCGAGAAGAAAGAAUUGGUUACUUGGAUUUCAAAAAAGCAAUGGCUAGAAUAAUCUAUUGCUAGUUGUUGACAGAGCAAGUGUUGAAAGAGGCUUUUUUGCAAUGAACUUCGUAAAGAACACACUUCGAAAUAGGAUGAGUGAUGAAAUCAUGAAUAAUUUUUUUGUUGAUUUAUUGAGAGCGGCAUUUUUGAUAGGUUGGAUUAUUGAAUGCAUUUUACAUACUUUUUCAGAAUAUGAAAACACAUGUGUCAUGUAUGUGUUCGUGCUUUCGCUUUUUUUUUUUUUUUGCAUUGUCAAAUCCUCCUAUUUCCUGAUUCGCAGAAAACAAUCGUGACAAUUACGUUAUAAAUUUAUUUUUAUCGUUGGACCCAUCUUAGCAAAAUUACUGGCUACGCCACUGGAGAUAUUAUGGGUGGUAUCAAAGUCUCUGUUCUCCCUUCUUGAGAUGGUUGGCCAAACCUCAACGUGUACGUUGAGUCCCAAAGGAAGGGUGUAUGUAAACACCUUAGACAAAUCUUACAUUGACAAAGCACGGGAGAUAUUUAUGGUCCAUAAAGAAUAAUCCAACCUUAGGUGACAAUACUUAUUUUGGGGUGAGAUGAAGAAGUUAUUGUAAGAACUUUGAAGUUAAAUUCUUUUUCCAAUGUAGAUCAUUGCAAGAAUGGGUGACCUCUUCGGAAGAUGGUGGUGCAAACUUCAACGAGGACGUUGAGUCCCAAGGUUCAUAAAGAGCUCAAUGUUGAGCAGUGCAAUGAUGGACGACCUCUUUGAACUCAUUAUGAUUCGCACCCAAAAGCAAAAUCGUGCAAGGCAGGUCCAUAGUGAACAAUAUCUCGGUGAAAAAACAAGGCUUGUGAUGUUAUAGUAUAGGUAUAAAACUUGAGUAGUGAAAGGAAGUAGGGAUGGCAGUAGAACCCGAAUCUGCCGGUAACCUAGCCGACCCAACCCGAUCAACGCGGGUAAAACCUGCUUUGACGGAUUGCGAAUCGAGUUCGGUUUAAACCCGCUACGCUUUUUGUGGGUUGGGUUUGGGUUUAGCCAUAUCAAACCCGUGGAUACCCGCACCCAAGUCCACACCCCGCACAACCCACGGAACCCUUAACUAAUUAACUAUAAUUUAUAAACUAAUUCCUCACACCUUCAAUCAAUAUUGUUUGUGGAUGUUUAUCUUUAAUAUUGAACAAUUAGUAAGAAUAAUUUGUGAGUUAGUGUAUAUGUAGUAGACAAUAGUAUUGAAAACUCGUGGAAUUGCAUCUGUGUACAUUAACCCAUGGGUACCCAUGAAUUCACGAAUACCCAAUGGGUUGGGUUUGAGUUUUCCAAAUCCAAUGGAUUUCACUCUGAUUUUCUGGUAGAUAAACCCAUGGAUUUGUGUUUGGGUUUGGCAUAAUCCGCCCCAACCCUGACCCAUUGUCAUCCCUAAAAGGAAGAGUGACCUAUUGAAGGUCACUAUGAUAUGCAUUCAAAAGCAAACCUGUGCUAUGGUAGACUAACAGUGGGUAAUAUGUUGGUGAGGAAAGAGUUGAGAUGUUAUAGUAUAGCUAUAAAACUUAAGCAGUGCAAUGAUGAGUGACCUAUUAAAAGUCCGUAUGAUAGGCAGUUGAAAACAAAAUCGUACAAACCAAAGUAACUAAUAUAUUGGUGAGGGAAUGAGUUAGAAUGUUAUAGUAUAUUUAUAAAACUUGAGCUAAUGUUUUUUUGAAAAAAAUAAUCCAUCUAUAAUGUGUCUCCUCAACUAUCAGAAACAUUUUUUCUUAUAAGUUCAGAAAACAUGAAGUUUAAUUUAUCAAAGGAAAAUAUGAGUUAACACUUAACAAUAAUAAUUGUAAGGAAAUACCCUGUCCCUGCCUCUGCCUAACUAACUUCCCAGUCGUCCGAUAAGAUCCCAAUCCAACGCACCAUACCCCUCCACGAUUCCCUCUUCCUGAUCCUUCGAUCCAACUACCUUCUCAUGGCUCACAACCCUCCACGAUCCCACUGUAUCUGCCGUCCGAUGGAUCAGAGAUCUGACGCCCGAAAACACCUCUCCAGUCCCUGCACAUUUCUUUUCCCCUCUGCAAUUUUUCUCAUUUCUGGGUUGGGUCUGCGUACCUGUUACAUUAAAGUCCCGCUUCUUUUCCUUUCAUCCUUUUCCUCAAUUGCUCCAUACAGUUUCAUUAGCUCCCGCCUCCCUUUUCGGUGUUUUACUUGUUUUCUAGCUUCGGUAGUAGAGGACAACGCAGCAACAAAAUGCAAGAACAAGCCACCAGUUCGGCUGCAGCCAAUUCUCUGCCUUCAAGCAGCGAGAGAUCCUCCAGCUCCGCUCUUCAGCUUGAGGUCAAGGAAGGAAUGGAGAGCGACGAGGAGAUCAGGAGAGUGCCGGAGUUAGGUGCGGGGGCUUCCGGGUCGGGUCGGAGCGCGGCGGUGGUGUCCGGGCAGGAACGAGCUCAUCAAGGUCCGGGAGAAGUGUCGAGGAAGCGAGGGAGAAGCCCAGCGGAGAAAGAGAACAAGCGACUCAAACGGUUGUUGAGGAACAGAGUAUCUGCGCAGCAAGCCAGGGAGAGGAAGAAAGCUUAUCUAAGCGAGCUGGAGACGAGGGUUAAAGACUUGGAGAAGAAGAAUUCGGAGCUCGAAGAGCGGCUCUCCACUUUGCAGAAUGAGAACCAGAUGCUUAGACAUAUACUGAAAAACACAACAGCUAGCAGGAGAGGAGGCAACAGUGCUGCGGAUUGAUGUGUUCUACGAGUUGAGAAUCUACAGUCCCUCAUUAACAAAUCAAAUGUGGAGAUUUCGUUUGCAUGGAGAGGAGGAAAUGUAAGGAAGCACAUACAUAGGCAUCUGUGUUCCGAUUCUGGUUGUGUGUAUGUAGAGGUAUUGACUAGUAAGGUUGAGUUGCUUGGUGAAAGUUAGAGCCGCGGCCAGAAUAUUGGGUGGUCACCGGAGGGUCGAGCUAGCGAUCAGUUCGGCUUAGACUCGAGACAUCGAUGGAGUGGCAGUAUUUGCCUGCAUCACCUUUUGCAGCAUGCCAGCCCAUGUGUUCUUACUCAUAUGAAACUGUCGCCAUUCUUGCUGCGCCUACCCCAUAUAAAUGAAGAGAGAGUAGAAUGUAUUGUUCACGAGGUGGUUCGUGUUCGAUUGCUGUUGUGUAGCUCAUUCCCAUAUGGGAUUGUGGUGGUAUUGCUGGAAAUGAGAAUGGGCGUUUGGCUCUCUUGUUUCUUUCGAUUGUCUCUGUACUCCGGCCCUAUCUAAUCGACAGAACGGAGAGAGAGCGAGAAAGGUUAUACAAUAUGCUCGACCGUUAGGGGAGGAUAUAAUGGGCUCGAAGAACGAGCAGAGCCGCGCAAGUAUCUAUUCGUAUAGGAGAGCGUUCUGAAACGAGGUUCUUGCUGGACUACGAAUUAUUCAAUGAUAUGGUCACUGUUCCGAAGAGGAUGGAUCAAUGUAUUGUCAUCUUCCACAAAUCUUUUGAUCAAUAACCGUGAGAGGGUGGG